AUGUUGAUAAAUUUGCUACUAUACAUAACUUUGGUGAUAUCAGCAGUGGUGCCGGUUAAUAAAUUGACAUUUACAGAAGAUGAAAAGAAACUUUUAGAAAGAGAUCCAGUUGUAACUCAUAAAAUUACAUUUACCAUUUCAGAAAAUGAUCAAGUCAUCGGAGAUUUAAAGUUAGCAUUAUUUGGAGAAGUAGUACCUACAACAGUUGAGAAUUUCUUUCAAUUAUCAUCAAUGGCUCAAGGUUAUGGAUAUUUAAAUUCAAAGUUUCAUCGUAUAAUUAAAAAUUUUAUGAUUCAAGGCGGUAAUUAUGAUGAUUUAGGUGGUAAAUCAAUAUAUGGAGAUAGAUUUAAUGAUGAAAAUUUUCAAGUUAAGCAUGAUAAAUUAGGUAGGUUAUCAAUGGCAAAUGCAGGGGUGAAUACUAAUGGUGCACAAUUUUUCAUAUUGAAUAGUGAUAAACAACCACAUUUAGAUGGUAAACAUGUUGUAUUUGGACAAUUAAUAAAUGGAUUUGAUACAUUAGAAAAGAUAAGUAAUGCUGAAACUGAUGGAAAUCAUAAACCAGUGAAAGAUAUUAUAAUUAGUGAUAUAAAAACAGUUGUUUUUGAUAAAGGAUUAGAACAACAAGAAACACCAACUACACAAUUACAUUAUGAUGAAGUUAUAAAAGAUAUUACUUCAAUUUAUAGCUAUUUAUUUGUAUUAUUAUUGGUUGUAAUUGCAUGCCUUGGUUACUAUAAAUUUAAUUUUAAACGAGAAAAUAUACGAGAAAAAUUUUAAUACCAUGUUUCCAAUUGUUCAAGUAAAGAAUUUACCAUUUAAUAGUUCUUCAAAAUCUUUAUAUGAAUUCUUUGGUAAAUUUGGUAAUAUAAAUCAAAUUAGAAUUAAUGAAGGUUCUUGUUUUAUAAUUUAUACAAAUUUUAUAAAUGCUGAAAAAGCUGCAAAAGUAUUAAAUGGUGUUAAUUUUAAUGGUAGAUAUCUAAUUACUUCUUUAUAUCAAGUUGAUAAAUCAAAAUUAGAUGAUAUGAAAUUGAGAAAAGAACAGUUGGAAAGUUUGCAAUCGAUAAUUUGA